AUGCAGGCCCCUAAAUCUAAGAACCAAGAAAACAUCAACGCCAAGUUGGGUUUGGUGAUCAAAUCCGGUAAAUACACCUUGGGUUACAAGUCGGUUGUCAAGUCCUUGAGAACCGGAAAGGCCAAGUUGGUUAUCAUUGCUGGAAACACCCCAGUGUUGAGAAAGUCGGAAUUGGAGUACUACGCCAUGUUGUCUAAGACUCAAGUGUACUACUUCCAAGGUGGUAACAACGAAUUGGGUACCGUUUGUGGUAAGUUGUUCAGAGUCGGUACCAUGUCCAUUUUGGAUGCUGGUGACUCCGACAUCUUGUCCUCCAUCAACUAG